CCUAGACAUAUAUCGACAACUAUUAGCAAUCGAAAAACAACGAGGCUGGAAUGACGUUUUGGAAAUUAUAACAAGGCAGCCUUUCCAGAGAAACACACACUUUAAGGAGACGCAUAGAAACUCUCAAAUUGUCGCCGGUGGAAGCUAACAUUUAACUCCACCAGUCCGGUCAAACUUACACUCUGUUUCAACAAGGUCUACAUUCUAGGAUAGCGAGAAGAUCCGGGCAGUACCGUAAGGAGACCGAGGCAGACUGAAGCACGUAGUGCAGAUUGCAGAGAGGUAGAAGUCGUAACGGUGCUGGGAGAAGACAGAGACACCGGAGCAGACGCCAAGCGAAUUACGGGGAAGCCCAAAUGGAGAGUCGAAAACCGUGGAAGGUGGCAGAAGCUUUGAGCCCAGACGAUCAGAAGCAACAUGAAGAAGAAGCCCCGAAAAUGGCCGGCCUAGGUCAGGGUCCGGAAGAGCCAGCCCUCCAAGGAGCAAGUGCGGUGGGGAGUGGGGCCCGAAUCAUGCCACAGACGAUGGAACUGUCCGCCCUAGGUCAGGGUCCGGAAGAGCCAGCCCUCCAAGAAGCAAGGGAGAUCGGGCGUGUUGCCCGAAUCAUGCCACAGACGAUGGAACUGUCCGCCAUAGGUCAGGGUCCGGAAGAGCAAGCCCGCCAAGAAGCAAGGAUGAUAGGGCGUGUCGCCCGAAUCAUGCCACCGACGAUGGAACUGUCCGUCAUAGGUCAGGGUCCGGAAGAGCGAGCCCUCCAAGAAGCAAGGGAGAUCGGGCGUGUCGCCCGAAUCAUGCCACCGACGAUGGAACUGUCCGCCGUAGGUCAGGGUCCGGAGGAGCAGGGCCAGGGACCUGACUGCAGACCGGAUCUUACCGGGGACCGCCCCAGUCUUCAAGGAGGCGGAGCUACGCCCCAAAGUGAGCAGGGAGACGUCGGGCGUCAAGGCUGACCGCCUGGAAGCAAUAAAGCCCCCCAGCCCAACCGCUUAGCAGCACGGAGAGAGUAUGAAGAGGAAAGCGUGCCAACAAUAAAGGUGAAGGAAAUAAGAACUACUGAGUGUUGUUACUGGAACGGGGUGAUCACGUUUGAUAUAAAUUUGGUGAGACAAGCACACGAAAUCUUCUGAGCUAGCCGCGCGUAUCUCGUAGCGAGUACAACUAACUAAAUCAGUUCAGUCCGGGUUGUAAGGACAACUGAGGAAGGUGCUUAGAAGACUGCUGAACUGAGAAACGAAACGGAGUCCGGGGGCAGUGUCAAUGGAUAGCCAGGGAACUGCAUAUAAUCACGGUGCACUACGUUAGAUUUAAUUA